AUGCAUUCUCUCACGCCAAAAGAGCUCGAGGACCAACUCGCAGCUUCAGAGGCUAGACUCAAGCGCCUCGAGUCGGAUGCUGCUGAAGAACGAGCGGCCAUUGACGCCCUCAAGCAGUUGAAGCAACCAAGCACGCCGCUCGGCCUCUUCGAAAAGCUUCCGCGAGAGAUGCGUGGCAAGAUCUGGGGUUACUGUGUUGCUCCUGGCAAGGUUUUCCUCAGUGAGCAUGCGUGCACCUAUGACACGCGUUUCGACGACUACAGCGACUACGGAAAACCCCAUUUGAGCCUCCUCGCUGUCAGCAAGUCUGUUCGUCCCGAGGCCGCGGAGAUGCUGUUCAAACAAAACCAAUUCAUCUUCACAGAUGUCUCGCCGCGGGGCCGGUGGAUUCUUCAUGACGAUUCGCUUAGGGACGACCAUUACGGCGAAGACCCUGAUGCCCGUAAAGAUCCUCUAGGUCGGCUCGCGCGAACUCACCUACGGUCUGCAAGUAUCGCAUUCGACAUGCGCUCUCCAAGAUAUGAAAAUGUCAUUAGGGACGCGGGCUGGCUGCGCGAUCCUGGUCUGCUACGACCGCGACCUUGGUCGACUCUUACUGAGCAGCAAAAGAUAACCCGCGCACAUGAAUUUGCAAUCGUACAGACAUACAGUGGAAUCAUGGCAGAGCUGGAGAUCCUUCUGUAUAAGUGCGACUCGUUGACGACUCUGGAGCUCGAUUUCACCAACUCCUAUUGCCCAAUCGGAUGCUGUCGGGUGGUAUCCUACUUGACAGAUCUAUUAGUCAGGCACGACCACUGGUGGCCGGAGCGUCUGAGAGUCCUGGGCUUAAAGAAUCAGGAAGAGAGGGACCGUUUCAUGAUUUCGGUGUGCGCUGUCAGUCGUGACGAUAAGAUUGAGGUGGUUUUCGAGAAGUUCGUGGCUCCGAAGAAAAGUUUUCUCGAAUACAACUGUCUCCACGAAGAAAGACUUGAUAAAGAAUUGGAGCAGGAGCACUUCGAGAUCCUCAACGGCACGGUCAGCGAGUGA